GGGGGGGGGUCGCGGAUGUCCACCUCUGACCCCGUUGGCAGAUUUAUGGCAUACACCAUGGUGGAUGCAUGCUGGAAGCUGUCCGUCUGUUUUCUUUGCUGUCAAGUUGUCUCAGGAAGAAUUAGGAGGGAGGGGCAUUAUGUUGCUGCAGUGUAUGAACAUGAGUCCAUACUGAGUCCUAACCCAACAGCCCUGGUCGAUCGACAGUCUGCGCUGGAGCUCAUGGGCAGAAACCUAGACAUCUAUGAAGAGCAAGUAGUGGCUGCUGCAAGACAGGGAGCACAGAUCAUUGUUUUUCCUGAAGAUGGAAUCCAUGGCUUCAACUUCACCAGAAGCUCCAUUUACCCUUACUUAGAUUUCGUUCUGCAUUCACAGUCUGUGAAGUGGAAUCCAUGCAGAGAGCCCUAUUUGUUCAAUGACACAGAGGUUCUUCAGCGUCUGAGCUGCAUGGCACUGAAGAACAAAAUAUUCCUUGUGGCAAACUUAGGAACUAAGCAACCCUGUGAGCACACUGAUCCUCACUGUCCAUCGGAUGGAAGAUACCAGUUCAAUACCAACGUGGCAUUCAAUGAUGACGGUAUGCUGGUAGCCACGUAUCGCAAACACAAUCUCUAUUUUGAAUACGCUUUUGAUACCCCUCCAGAGCCUGACUACAAACUCUUUGAUACCCCUUUUGCUGGCAAGUUUGGUAUGUUCACUUGCUUUGAUAUACUCUUUUUCGAGCCUGCAGUGAACCUCAUCAGACAAUACAAUUUGAAACAAGUUGUAUAUCCGACUGCCUGGAUGAACCAGCUCCCGCUCCUGUCUGCUGUAGAAUUUCAACAAGCUUUUGCAACAGCUUUCAACAUCAAUAUUUUAGCAGCUAAUAUCCACCACCCUACCUUGGGCAUGACAGGGAGUGGCAUAUACACUCCAGUCAAAUCAUUUGCAUACCACAACAUGGAAAGUUAUGGUGGCAAACUCAUAGUAGCAGAAAUUCCUGUGAUUACCACAGAUUACAAAAACAAUUUGGAGAGUAAUGAAAGAUUCAGAGAGAACUUACAUCACUCAUGCAAGACUUUUACAGGCGCCUCAAUGGAUGAUCAAGUUUGCUUUAAGGAGGAACAAGAGAGCCCCGGCAGAGUAUCAGAAAAAGGAAAUGAACAGUUACCUCCCCUGUUUUAUGCAGAAAUGAUGUAUGACAACUUUACUUUCGUUCCUGUAUGGGGGGAAAAAGGAGAGCUCCAGGUUUGUGCCAAUACCCUUUGUUGUUACUUAAACUAUCGGAGAGCUGUUUUAACGGAUGAAUUAUAUGCUUUGGGAGUUUUUGAUGGGCUCCAUACAGUGCAUGGCACAUACUAUGUCCAGGCCUGUGCAUUAGUAAAGUGUGGUGGUCUCAGCUUUAGCACUUGUGGCCAGGAGGUUACAGAUGCCACUGCUCUGAUAGAUUUCCAGCUAUGGGGAAAUAUGAGUACCCCUUAUAUCUUUCCUUUACUGCUGACAUCUGGUAUUACCUUGGACUUUGCUGAUCACAUGGGCUGGAAAAACAACCACUAUUUCAUAAGCAGAAAUGGAACAUCUUCUGGCCUACUGACAGCUGCUCUAUAUGGACGAUGGUAUGAAAAGGACUAGCACAGAUACUUGACUGAAUCAGAGAACAACUGCCUGGAUGUUCAGAGUAUGUAUCUUAAGUUGUUGAACAUCUGUACUUCCUAGAGCUUCAGGUAUGUUUGUUACAUGAUUGACUGAUUAGAUUCCACAUUUGAAACAAUAUCUAAGAGUCUGUAAGUACAGUCUGUACCUUGGUAGCUUAUGUCUUACCAGAAGUAAAACACCUGCCUUCCAGAGAUAAAGGCUUGUUGUGAUGCGUUGAGAUGGUUUAUAUUGGGAAAAUAGUAUUUCUCAUUUCAACUGAAUUUGUUCCUUUUAAUUUAAUCCUUUGGUUUUCUAGGGUCCUGGCUAGGCGUAUGGAAAUGAAUGGAAUGGAAAAGCAUUGUAAAAGGAAGAAAAAUAGGAAAGGGAAUGAAGACACGAAUACCAUGCGUGACAUGCAUGAAAAUGUA